AUGUUGAACGUGUGCGCCGACCUGGUGCAGUUCGACCAGUACAGCCUGCAGCUGUACAACUACGCCAUGGUGGAGCGGUUCCGGUCGAACCAGUUCUUCAACUACGGCAACUUCGUGGCCGACUCGCGCACCCUGUCGCGCUUCUUCAAGCCCACCCUGCCGCCGAACCCGGUCGAGGCGGCGUCAGCAGCCGCCGCCGCCGCCGCAGCCGCCGCAGCCGCCGGCAGUGCGCUGCUGGCCGACGCGGGCAAACUGUCGUCGCAGGCGCCCAAGCCGCAGUACAGCUACAUCGGGCUGAUCGCGAUCGCCAUCCUCAGCUCGCCGGAGAAGAAGCUCGUCCUGUCCGACAUCUAUCAGCACAUACUGGAUAACUAUUCGUACUUCCGCAGCCGCGGGCCGGGUUGGCGCAACUCCAUCCGCCACAACCUCUCGCUGAACGACUGCUUCAUCAAGGCGGGCCGGAGUGCGCACGGCAAGGGCCACUACUGGGCGGUCCAUCCGGCGAACGUCGAGGACUUCCUCAAGGGUGACUUCCGGCGGCGGAAGGCGCAGCGUAAGGUCCGCCGCCAUAUGGGGCUCACCUCGGACGAUGACAUCUACGACAACAGCAGCCCGAGGCAGUUCUUCCCCGCUAUCAACUCCCCGCCGCCGCCGCCACCAGGCCAGCAGGCCGCCGCUGCCCAUCAGGUGGGGCCGCCGCCGCCACCGUCAGCGCAUCAGCCGCCACAGCUCCACCAGCCGUCGCUCGUACAUCCGGUGCACCCAGCGCAUCUCUACCUGGGCCCGGGCUCGGCGACGGCCACCGCAACCUCAGCCGCUGCAGCCGCCGCUGCCGCCGCAGCAGCCGCCGCAGCCGCCGCCGCCGCUGCCAGCGCCGUCGGUUCGAGCUCCGCUGCAGCCGCAGCAGCCGCCGUUUCCGCACCAUCCUCGCAGGCCGCCAAACUGUCGUUCGCCGUCGGGCUAGGCGGCGAAGCGGACGGACAUCACCAUCAUCACCAGCAACAGGCUCACCAGGCGGCCAUCCUGCACCAUCACAGCCUCCAGCAGCAGCAGCAGCAGCAGCAGCAGCAACAGCAUCUCCAUCAGCACCAUCAUCAACAUCAACACCACCAUCAUCACCACCAUCACCAUCAUCAAACAACGGCUGCGGCCAUCAUCAUGCGCAACACGAUGGAGAGCUUCUCCCGCAAGCGCCAGUUCGACGUCGAGUCGCUGUUACGGCCGGACGACAGCUCCGACGAGCGGGACGGCCCGUUCGAGCUGAAGCGACCCCGGCCCCUCUGCUCCCCGGCCAGCUCCAGCCAGAGUCCUUCGCCGCUGCCCUUCGGAGCCGCCGGCGGCACCCUAGCGCUUACCCAGCCGCCACCGAAGGCGAGCCCUCCCGGGUCCCUUGCGAAGCCGAACCAAAACUGA